AUGUAUAGAGGCAGGAAUAGACCGAGAGGUAAAGCUUCUGAAGAUAACCAGGUCAGAGGUCCCAACUCUGCCCUGACUCAAUUUCUGAAGGAACAGGGUAUCAACGCAGAAAGCAUCAGACAGAAAUGGUUAAAGAGCAGGGAAAAGGAUAAAGAAGAGAGCAAUGGCAAGGUCAAAAGUGAGGAUGAAGAUGAAAGUGUGAGUAUCGCGAAACCUGCGACAAAAAGUCGACGUCGAGCGAUCGAAAUUAGUUCUGACGAUGACGAUGAUGAUGAUAUUGACUACGACGAUGAAAGUGAAGAAGCUGAGGGCGAUAGCAUGACGAGCGGUGUAGAUAACGACGAGAACAAGGAUCAAGUUGAGAGCUCAGCCUCCAUCAGAAGCGCUGAAUCUCGAUUGAAACGAUUUGCAGUUGAUGCCGAAGAUAGCGAUGAAGCCGAGUACGACGAGGGCAUGAGCUCAAGAACAGUAUCCGAGACUCCAGUCAUUGAGAUAUCACAGGAACAGCUGGAGCAGAAACUGAAAAAGAGUCGGCAGCAACUACAGCAGAGGAAAAGGAAGAAGAAAAGGGCUGCUGAACUUUUGGACAGAAAAACGAGACGUAUUUCCACUUUACAAGAUACUUGCAUUGCACAAAUUAGCGCCAACAUAUCGAGGCUACAACAGAAUACCAACUCAUCUGAUGAGAGCAUUUCCGCCCAGAUCCGUGACACGCUCGGUGGGCUAUCUACGCAGAACAUGAAUAAACUGGCCAGGACUUUAUCUAAAAACCGAGCCCUAAAUGACCACACUCUUCAACUAUUUCUCAGGACGGAGCUUCAAACACUGGCAUUCCAUGACUGUUCGAGGUUGUCGUACGAGGGAUAUAAACUGCUAGCUAUUUUUGCACCUCACUUGUCAGAGCUUUCAUUGCAAAUGUGUGGUCAAUUAAAUAACGAAGCUCUUCUUUACAUCGCUGAAAAGCUUCCCAAGUUAGCAGCUUUAGAUCUUGACGGCCCUUUUUUGAUCAACGAGGAAACCUGGGAUAGGUUUUUCACAAGGAUGAGGGGUAGACUAAAAUCCUUUCAUGUCUCUAACACCCAUCGUUUCACUAAUCAUUCGCUAGAAAGUCUGUUCAGAAACUGUGGGGAUACUCUAGUGUCUUUAAGGCUUUGUAGGCUUGAUGAUGUUUCCGACUACAGCAUAAUACCACGGUGUUUGAAAGUGCGGAACUUUGAAAGAUUGGCCUUGGAGCAUCCCAGCAAAGAAGAAUACGUUACCGAUGACGUGGUAGGUGCAAUUGUAACAGCAGCUGGGAGGAAACUCAAACACUUAAACUUAAACGGGUGCACAGCUCUCACUGAUACAACGAUCGUUAAUCUCAAAGAAGCUCUUUCCAAAAACGAAGGAGCAGAGAGCAUCCUCGAGUCCUUAGAACUAGAAGAACUCGAUCAAAUAUCGACGGAUGCUAUGGUACAUCUUUUUAGCCAAGUCCCGAUGCCACAGCUGAAAGUCUGUAGUCUCAAGCGCUGUUUGCUGCUCGAGGAUAUGGCAGUAACCGAACUAUUCUUGAACAAGGCGGGUGAAAAAUUGGUGGCACUCACUCUCAACUCUUUGAAAGAGGUGAAAGGCGAGUGUUUUGAGGCGAUGUCUUGUCCGAACCUUGAAAGACUUGAUAUUGGUUUCAUGGGAUGCGCAAAUGACACUCUUGUCAAAGAGCUAGGAGACCGCAAUCCAAAAUUAGAAAUAUUAGAGGUGUUUGGAAACAAUCUGGUCACUGGAAAAGCGGAAAUUAGAUCAGGUUUGACAGUAAUUGGACGGCAGAGUGAUACCUUAUAG